CUUUUUUUCCUUCUCUCUUUCUCCCUCUCUCUCUCUCUCUCUCUCUCUCUGCCUUUCUGUCCUUCUCUUCUUUCCUGCCACCACCGUAUUUACACGCACGCCAACGCUUACCCACUCUCACACCGCCAUACACGAACCGUGACGCACAACAAAACAUAACACAACUGCAACCAUGGUUCGACAAACAGUAUCCGAAGCCAAACUCCGAAAGAUCCUUGAGCUGAACGACAAGUUGAAAGAACAGCUUGAAAUUCCACGUAUUCCUGUUUCUGAAGCCAGUCGAUCGCUGAUCGAUUAUUGUCAAACGAAUCCAGACAUGAUGGUGCCGUCGGUCUGGGGCAGUCGAAGUCCUGAUCCAUUCGCAGAGCCUGUGGGUGAAUGCGCCUGUGCUUUAAUGUGAUUACCCUCCUCCCCUUCCCUCUAAACACUCACCUUACACAACAAAACCAUUCUCUCCAUCCUAUGCGUAAACGGUGCUUCUCGCUCCCGAAUGUAUCAAAGUAUUCUCUCCACUCCUUAUCUCCUAUAUUUUUAAAUCAUCAGCAUCCAUCAUAAUCAUAAUAACAUUAUCAUAAUACAACAACAACAAAGACAUGUCAAGAUACAG